UUCGAGUGGUGAAUUUCUUAGUUCAGCCCGCUGGGUUGGGACCUGUCUAAAUAACUAUCAACUCAGAUACGAGAAGUCCGCUCUUACUUCACUCCACUCUCUCUCGCACAGAUAUUUUUUCUUUCUGCUUCUAAUGAACUGUCGUCACUGUCUCCCAAGAUCAUCCUCUGCCUUGCCUUUGCAAGGCUUCAAUUUUUACCAAAGAAGACCAUCUUCACCAUCAUUAUUCUCUCUUAACAUGGCUGGAACCAAGAAUUCUAGUGAUUUGCGGUUACGUGUAGCUGUGAAGGCAAUUCCCAGCUCACCAUCCAGUGCUGAGACGAGCGGUGCUGAUGCUGAGGAAGAAGAGGAGAAAUCUGAGAUAUACAGUCAUAACAUGACUGAAGCUAUGGGGGCUGUUUUGACCUAUAGGCACGAACUAGGAAUGAACUAUAACUUCAUUCGUCCAGAUUUGAUUGUCGGAUCAUGCCUACAGACUCCUGAAGAUGUUGACAAGCUUCGAAAAAUUGGAGUCAAAACCAUAUUUUGCUUACAGCAAGAUCCAGACUUGGAAUAUUUCGGGGUAGAUAUUAGUGCCAUUCAAGACUAUGCCAAGGCAUGUGGUGACAUUCAGCAUUUGCGGGCACAGAUAAGGGAUUUUGAUGCAUUUGACUUACGGAAAAGGAUUCCAGCUGUCGUCAGCAAAUUAUACAAAGCCAUAAAUCGAAAUGGAGGUGUGGCAUAUAUACAUUGCACUGCCGGACUGGGCAGAGCACCUGCUGUUGCGAUGGCAUACAUGUUCUGGUUUCAGGGCUACAAGCUCAGUGAUGCCUGUGAUUUGCUCCUGAGCAAACGCCCGUGCUUCCCAAAUCUGGAUGCUAUCAAAAAUUCAACCGCAGAUAUACUUACAGGCCUUAGAAAGAAGCUUGUCACUUUGAAAUGGAAAGAUGACAAGUGUUGCACAGUGGAAAUUUCUGGGCUUGACAUUGGAUGGGGCCAGAGGAUACCCUUAGAAUUAGAUGAGGAGCAGGGUUUUUGGAUUCUCAAGAGAGAAUUGCUGGAGGGACGCUAUGAAUACAAGUACAUUGUUGAUGGUGAGUGGACCAUCAACAAACAUGAGCUAGUUACCACUCAGAACAAAGAUGGCCAUGUCAACAAUUAUGUUCAGGUUCUUGAUGAUGAUACAGACAGUGCUAACGCUGCACUACAGAAGAGUUUAACCGGUGAUGAUCCAAAUCUAACCGGAGACGAACGGUUGAGAAUUAGAAGGUUUCUGGAAGCUCUUCCUGAAGAUGAAGGGUGAACUGGAAAUAAAGCCUGUAGAAGCGGUCAGCAUAUAUGAAGAUACAGUGAAUACUUCCAAUAGCAACAGAUGCUUGUAUCUUUAUCAGUUUAUUGUACAGUUUUUAUCGAAUUAAUAAACUAUCAAUAAAGCAGCCGCUAUCCAUUUCCUCUC